UUAUUAUUUAUUAAUCAAAAGAAAAUUCAAAAAGCAUUGAGUAAACAUAAAGUUUAUAUUCCAUUAGAAGAUCCAGAAGAACCAGAAGAUACAACCAAAAAUGAAGCAUUUCAAACAACAAUGGUAUUUGAACAUGAAGGUCGUACAGUUGAUGCAUUAAAAUUGCCGACUCACCCAGAUCAAAAAAAUCUUUAUGUCACAAAAUUAAUUGAUAUAUAUUACAAAGCAGAAGAUUUUAUUAAUAUCGAUGUUAAUAAUGUUACAAAUAAUGAUGGAUAUCAAUUUAUUAAAGAAGCUGUUAGAUCAGUGUUCAGAUUAAGUGAUGAAAAACUGAACAUAGAAUGGCCGAAACUCCAUGAAGUUUUCUUACAAAAACGACGAAAUAUAAUGCGAUUAAGAAAUAAAACAACACCAGCACGAGGAAGAACAACCACACCAUUAGAAACAAAUAUAACAUCACCAACUACAGCAUUAUGA